AUGGUCUUGCUAGAUCAGCUUUGGGACGAAACUGUCGCUGGACCCCGGCCGGAUACAGGCCUUGGAAAGCUCAGAAAACACUCCACUUUUAGCUUCCGAUCGUGCUCCGGCAAGGAUUCCGACGUUGGAAAUCCAAGAUCCUAUAGUGAUGAUUCGAUGGAGGAUUCGAUAAGGGUGACUCGGAGUAUCAUGAUCGUCAAGCCUCGAAGGAACCAAAAUGAAUUGCCGCCGGUUUCUCCAGCAGGGUCGAUAUCUCCGGUAUCUGCUUUCGCCGGUGAGCUUGCAUGUUUUCUUUUCUUUUGAUGGGACGUUAAUUGGGGGUGUGGCCAUUAAUAUUAGGGAUUAUAACUUAAAUGCCUUUUAAAGUGCAACAUUUGUUUAUUAGACGGUUAUAUUAUACUAACAUAAUAACAUGACAUAAUCGUUUUGAGGAACAUUUUUUUCAAAUUAAGUGAAUAAUACGGAGUCUAAAAAGAAUCGCUGAAAUAGUAAGGAGGGUAGUUUAAGCAUUUCAAGAUGUCAUUUUCUGAGCGGAUAUUGCAAUGCAAAUUAUGCAAAACUUUAGCUGGAGGCAAUUUAUCUUUGUUUGCUAGCUUAAAAAAUGACAUUGGAUAGAUUUUGUAUGCACAUAGUUUGCCACUAAAAAAAGCGUAAAAAAACAGAUAUGUUCCUAUCAACCAACGACUGCUGUGUAUGCUGAGGAAAUAAUGCCAUGUUAUUAUAUUCAUAUAGAGUUUCUCCUGCUUCAGACUGAUUUCAAAGAAAGAUAGGAUUAGGAAUUCUGCCAGUUCUAGAGCUUACGUUUUUAGAGUGAGUUAGAUUUGUUUUUUAACGAGAGAGUUCUUUUUUUUU